AACCGGGUGCCCCGGCCACGCGAGGAGACCCAGCGGCCCCGCCAGGCGCCCCCCUCGCGUGGGGAGACCCCCUGGCGCGGCGCCGCGGAGGGGACGGCGCCCCCGUCCCGCCCUGGCGCGUGCGCAGCAGCACACCGCGCAGGCGCUCUGCGGCGGCAAGAUGGCGGCACCCGUGGACCUGGAGCUGAAGAAGGCCUUCACCGAGCUGCAGGCCAAGGUGAUAGACACGCAGCAGAAGGUGAAGCUGGCCGACAUCCAGAUCGAGCAGCUGAGCAAGACGAAGAAGCACGCCCACCUCACUGACACGGAGGUCAUGAUGCUGGUGGACGAGACCCGCAUGUACGAGGGCGUGGGGAGGAUGUUUAUUCUUCAGUCUAAAGGAGUGAUUCAUAAUCAGCUCUUAGAAAAACAGAGAAUAGCUGAAGAGAAAAUUAAGGAAUUAGAGCAGAAGAAGUCGUACCUGGAGCGGAGUGUAAAGGAAGCAGAAGAUAACAUUCGCGAAAUGCUGAUGGCCCGGAGGGCACAGUAGCCUGCCCCUGUGCCUGCUGGGUGGUUUAUGGGCAGCUCUGCCUGCGUGCUGCUUGCUGCCGCCUGGCUGCACAAGCUCUGUUCUGUGGCAGUUCCAAUAAAACUCUGCUGCAAAGCCUUA